GUGGAGUCAAGAUCCCCAGGCUAAAGACUUUAAGUGACAAGUCCAGAGAAGUGAAAGUCAAAAGCAAACCCAGGACUGUUCCAUAUCUACCAAAGUACUCUGCUGGACUAGAAUUACUUAGCAGGUAUGAAGAUACCUGGGCUGCACUUCACAGAAGAGCCAAAGAAUGUGCCAAUGCUGGAGAGCUGGUGGACAGCGAGGUGGUUAUGCUCUCUGCACACUGGGAGAGGAAGAAGACGAGCCUGAUCGAGUUGCAGGAGCAGCUGCAGCAGCUUCCAGGGUUAAUAGCAGAUCUGCAAUCCAUGACAGCAAAUCUGGCUCAUUUAGAGGCCAGUUUUGAGGAGGUAGAAAAUCACCUGCUUCAUCUGGAGGAUUUGUGUGGGCAGUGUGAGUUAGAAAGAUGCAAACAUGUACAGUUCCAACACCUGGAGAACUACAAGAAAAGUAAGAGGAAGGAGCUUGAAGCCUUCAAAGCUGAGCUGGAUGCAGAGCAUGCGCAGAAGGUCCUGGAAAUGGAACACGCCCAGCAGAUGAAGCUGAAGGAGCGGCAGAAGUUUUUCGAGGAGGCCUUCCAGCAGGACAUGGAGCAGUACCUGUCCACAGGUUACCUGCAGAUCUCGGAGAGGCGAGAGCCCAUGGGCAGCAUGUCAUCCAUGGAGGUGAAUGUGGACAUGUUGGAGCAGAUGGACCUCAUGGACAUCUCUGACCAGGAGGCCUUGGAUGUCUUCCUGAAUUCAGGUGGCGAGGAAAACACGCUGUCCCCUGGUCUAGGGCCUGAAUCUGAAAUGUGUCAGAAUGAAAUCACCCUUCAGGUUCCAAACCCCACCAAAUUACCUCCCAAGCCACCUUCCUCCCCUUCUGCCUGCACCAAUGCUGCAACCCAGGAUGCUGAGAGUGGGGAUGGCCCCCUAGUCCAGGCAGAUGAGGAGGAGGUACAGGUGGACACUGCCCUGGCUACCUUCCACACUGAUGGCAAGGUCGGGUCUGACAGCGACUCGAGUCAAGAUGUUUGAGGGGAGCGGCCCUUGGUUUUACAGUUGCGGGUGACGUGUGAGAGCGGCUGAGAAGAGCUCACAAUAAAGCUUGAGGACUCUAAACCCAGAGCGU